UGACAUCAAAAUACAGGGCCCUUAUUUGACUGGCCCUGAUGAGCUCGGUAUCCGCCCAAUUGGGGUUGUUUUCAUUCCCCAAGGGUUCACCACGCCCCCGUUCGUUUCCUCUUCAUAUCGAUCACCAUGGCCCACCCGGAGCACGACCACGCGCACGACCACGACCACGAGCACGACCACCACCACGAGGAUGUGGACUCGGAUGACGAGAUCCCGGCCCUCGAGGAGGCCCCGGACGCCGCCGACGCCGAGAAGGGCAAGCACAACCGCUCGGAGAAGAAGUCGCGUAAGGCCAUGCAGAAGCUCGGCAUGAAGCCCGUGGGCGGCAUCAUCCGUGUGACCAUCAAGAAGAACAAGAACGUGCUGUUCGUCAUCUCCAAGCCGGACGUGUUCAAGAGCACGGUCAGCGAGACCUACGUCAUCUUCGGCGAGGCCAAGAUCGAGGACCUGAACGCCCAGGCCCAGUCUCUGGCUGCCCAGCAGUUCAAGGCCCCUGCCGCUGAGGCCCCCGCUGCUGACGCCGCUGCCGCCCCCGCCGCCGCCGUUGAGGAGGAGGACGAGGACGUCGACGACUCGGGCAUCGACGCCAAGGACAUCCAGCUGGUCAUGAGCCAGGCUGGCGUGAGCAAGAGCAAGGCUGUGGCCGCCCUGCGCUCCAAUGACAACGACAUUGUCAACGCCAUCAUGGAGCUCACCAUGUAAGCCUAGUAUUAUAGCCAAGGAUAGGUUUGUCAGUGCGACAGCAAUGGAAAAAUGUCUUUUUGGGUUUUCAACAGUGGAAUUUUGUGAAAUGU